ACAAGUCGCCCACGAGUCCCUCCAAGUUGCUCCCGCCUUAUUGCAGCCUUCCCGGACGAUGUCUACUAGUAUCAAGGUCCAAGUGCAUAAUGGGCUGGUUCCUGAGGCAUCGACCGAUGCGAAAUGGCGCGAUGACGAACAAUUCCUCACCUUGCGAGACGGCCGUACUCUAGCGUACACCGAUGCUGGAAAUCCAAACAGCUCGACAGUCUUCCUACAUUUCCACGAGGCAAUAGCCAUCGGAUCUAUUCGCGUCUUGGCCCUUUCGCCCGCCUUGUUGGCAAGGGAUGUGCACUACAUUGCGCCAACGCUGCCUGGCUGGGGAAACACUUCCCGUCCGCCGAAGUCGACAUCGUUCGCAGCCUGUGUCAUGUCCGAUGUGGCGGCCUUGCUUGAACACCUCCAUCCGGACACUGCAAGCAUCAAACUGUACAUAUCCGGCAUCGAGUACGGUAGCUUGGCGGCGCAAAUCUUGUAUUGUGCGUCUUACGCCGAGUUUCCCCAUGGACGCCAGGUCGCAUCCAUGCUUCUGCGGAAUCCAUACUCCCCCAAGCAGUAUAAUUCGAUGUCGCGCGUAGGCCCCUCUUUCUUUGCGAAAACAAUGUCAUCCACCAUGCUGCGCUGGAUUAUCGAGCUCCUCGUGCGCUAUAAGAUGCGCGACCGCAAGAGCCUACAAUGUUUCUGGCGCGAGCAAGUCUUCGACAAAUUGACGACUGCGCAGAAGGAGAGUUUCAACCGGUGGACCACCCUGCAAGGGCGUGAGGAGGAAGGAUAUAUCCGCCUUUGGGCAGAUCAGGCUGUGUACAGUGUCAGUCAAACCUGGGAUGGUUUCCGUAGGAUGGAGAGCGUCUUGCGGUGGAGCUCGGGCACGUUUAAUCCCUUGUCGCUGGACAAGGAGCACACUGCAAAACCGAUCCUUAUUGCAAGUGCGAAGGGCAGGGCGAUGUCGCAUUUCCUUGUCGAGAAUUAUCCGAACGUACGCGCGGUAUACUACGACUCUGAAUUUGAGGUAGAUAUGUGGAGCCUCGACAGCAUCAUGGAGGAGUUCAUGGGUGUGGUCUGAUGAAUUCGCAGUGUGCCAUA